CUGACUGACACUCACAUUUUCAAGAUGGCUGCUACCAUCGCAGGAUUAUUAAAACCUUGGACACCAAGAGUAAUCCUGGUGAGAUGGAGCAGAUACGACCCUUACUAUCUGGAGCCAGAGGUCAGGAAAGAGGUGUACACCAGGCCAGAAUCAGAGCUGACAGCUGAAGAGAAAGAGGGGCGGCAGCUCAAAGCACUCCGACCCAUCAAGGCUGCGACUAACAGUGUCACCAGCUCUGUUUUUGACGACCCGGUCAUCAGUAAAUUCACCAACAUGAUGAUGAAACACGGAGACAAGGUUUUGGCCCAAGAGAUCUUGAGAGAAACUCUGGAGGACAUAAAGAGAAAGCAGGUGGAGAAAUACCACAAGGCUCCACAGGGGAAGAAGGAGGAGAUCGAGUGUAGCCCCUACGCCAUUUUCCACCAAGCUAUCGACAACUGUAAGCCAGUCGUUGGUCUGGCGAGUAUUCAGAAGGGUGGAAAGUAUUACCAGGUGCCCAUCCCUCUUUCAGAAAACAGGCGGCGCUUCCUCGCCAUGAAGUGGAUGAUCACAGAGUGCAGGGAGAACAAGCACAGACGCACGCAAAUGUAUGAAAAACUCUCCCAGGAGCUUUUGGCAGCUUACACGAAGGAGGGCAACGUUAUGAAGAAGAAGCAUGAGAUGCACAAGAUGGCUGAAGCCAACAGGGCGUACGCUCACUACCGCUGGUGGUAGAAAGACUCGUUUGGACUGGUAUCGUGUCGGUCAUUCAGUGGCACGCUUGUAAAUAGAGAGCAGUGAUAUCCUGUGGUGGAAGGACUGCGCUGUAAGAGCUCAAGAAAGAGAGUGAGGCUAACAAGAAUGGACUUUUUAUACCGAGAAACUGUAUCAUGUACAAUCAUUGUUCAGUCACACAAUAAAAACAGAAAACUGAAAUAAGGAAA